AAAUACUCAAUAAAUAUGAAAUAAUGAAAAAAGUACUAGAAAUAUUAUAAAUAAAUACUAAUAUUAAUAAUUUAAAAAAUAUUCAAUAUUAGAAAGAAAUAUAUUUACUAUUCCAAUAAAGUGUUGCAAUUAUUUUCUUAUAAUUGAAAAUAUACCAAGAUAUAUUCAUAAACCUCUAACAAUAUUAAUUAUAAAAUCAUUUUUACAAUCUUAUUAACACGUUUAAUAUUUUUAAAAAAAUUGUAUAAAAUUUUGCGCGAUGAUGAAAACGAACUAAGAAGAUCUUAAUAUACAUAAUUGACAUAAAGCACAUUAGAAUUGACGAAAACGUUGUAUAAUAAAAAAUGUUAAAUAAGAAAACAAUGACAAUUCUUCGAAAGAAAUGUGAUAUAAUUAUGCAAGUAACGCGUAAUUACGAAUCUUCAUAAUGUAUUAUAGUUACAUCGUUUACGAGAAGGAUAAAAAAAUACAAAAAUAUCCCAUAGAUCGAAUAGAAAAAUAAAUGAAAAUACAAAUAAUCAAAGUUACUUCCCUAUUGCUCCCAUCAAAAUUCUUUUGUGCGAUGUAACGAAUAUAUUUUUUCAGAUAUCGCAAAAUAUUUUCGUUCAACAGCACGAUAGUGAAUUUUUUUCAUGUUACUUACACAUCAAAUCCGAAUAUAAAUCCAUAAUAUAUUAUUUGCUCAUAAAAAAUUCAAUUUUCUAGUAAUUAUUUUAUAAUUCUGAUAGUUUCAGCAAUGAUCUCAAGGUCGCCAUUCAUCGUUCGAUUCAACCAAUUUCGACCAUCUCGUAACGGUGUGUUAUAAUUUGCCAAACAGGUUAGAAGUAUUUUGUCAAGUCUCGUUGUUUCGUCCCAUUAGCACCAUCACCCGUACGGCCAAUGUUUUGUCGUCGAACAUCCAUCAUUGAACAUCCAAAAACGAAAGCGAAAAACAAUUCCUACACGAUUCUUAAAAAAAUAUUAAAAGGAAGAAAAGAAGAAAAUUGUAAACGAUAUUGAAUAGUGGCAACAGGUGAAAAUGGAGUUGGACAAUAAAUUAGCAACGAGUGGCUCGAGAGAUACAGUUACGAGUCUAUAUAGAAGACACGAGGCGAAGUUCCCUGAUCAUUCAUCUUUGAAUAUCUUGAAGAAGAUGAUACGCGCAUUAAUUUCAGUGCUUUUAGCAAGUCUGUCGAUCUUGCCUCAAGUGAUGUCAUAUGCGAAAGUGUGGAGGAACGGUCAAGAGGACGUGGACACGAGGGACGAUGAUCCGUGGAUCGUCAGUAAUGGAACGCAAAGCGAAUCGAGGAGCAUCAAGAACAUAGCUAUCACUAUGUCACCUGUAUACAUCUCACCGAAAAUUCAAAAUCUAAAAAAUGGCGAAGCAGUUAAUUAUCCCUCUGUUGGAAGAUACACAACAUUGGACCAUGAAUUCUUAGCACAAUUGAACACAAAGAACGCAAAGAAACAGAUUCAGGACAGGUAUCAUCCAUCACCGCUUAGUUUCAAAAACAAAGACCCAUCUAACGAUAUGAAAGAAAACUCGAAACCUGCUAAUAAUCGUCCAAGUGGCCCACCAAGCGGCCCACCAAGCGGCCCACCAAGCGGCCCACCAAGCGGCCCACCAAGCGGUCCACCAACUGGCCCAUCAUCUUCGAGCACGUUCGACUUUUCUAAGCCAACGUUUUCAGAAAGCUACGACUAUAAACCACCAGAUUACUUGAGCAGUAAGCCGAUUUCGAAACCGCCAGAUUACCUCGGCGACAAGCCGAUUUCCAAGCCAAUGUCGAUGGACGACUACGCAGAUUCUGAGAUAAGUGACAAGCCACCAGAUUCCUACAAACCGGAUUCCUACAUGGUGUCCCACGAUUCCGACUACCCCGAUUAUCAACCGGACACGUCUUACAACAAUGAUUCACCGAAACCGAUCGAGUAUCCCGGCCAUCUGGAUCAUCCGCCGUACGACGACCACCAUUCUUACGGCCACCAUCAUCACGACUUCCAUCACGAGGUGAUCUACGACCACAUACCGGAAUACCACCACACCGAGCAGCCGGAAAUGAACGAUCAGAGGCUCGACAAGAGGCCGUACUCUUAUUACUACAUAGGCAAGAAGCUUUGGUACAUCCCGCUGUAUUUCAGCAUCUAUUUCAUCAUAUACAUAGCUGCCCUCGUAUUGAAGAGCAUCGCAAGGCACAAGAUCACGUUCCCCGCGCAUUUGGCCGAUGCUGUGAAUCACGAUCACGCCAGAUCCAACAACGAUUUCAGCUGGUGGGAUUUCGCGGGUGAAGCGUUGCAGAGCGUCGAGAACUUUGCCGAGAAGCAUGGAAAAAUUUUUUAGACCGAUCUUUAAUCAUUCGAAAUGACUUGCAACGAAGAGGAUUGAUUUCGAUGAAUCAGUUUUAUUAUAUAUAUUUGGAAAUCGAUAUCGCGAUACGAGUUAUAUUAGAUCGUGUAACGAAUCGUUAUUACUUUUCAAUAUAUUGCACGAGCUAAUGUUAUGAUAUUGAUGAAUGUUUCGAUGAUAUCGUAUAUACAAAUCGCAAUAGUUAAAUUAAAUUCGUGGAAUUCUAAUUUCGACAACAUACCGAAUCCACCGUUUGUUUGUAAAGAUAACUUUAUAAGUAAUAUAAAUAUCACAGUACCAGCAAUAAUUUUGUACGUGUAAAUAUUAUAAGUUUUUGUAAAUAUUUAAUGUAAUAUUUAUAUAAAAAGUGUAAGAACAAUUUCACGCUAUUCGUGUAUUUAUGAAAUAAUUAUAUAUGGAAAUGAAAAUUUACACCAAUUCUCUGCUACGUUAUGUAUUCUAUUUUCAAAAAACAAAAUUUGUUUAAACGAUAAAAAUUUUCCUUCCAUCGAUAACUUUGAUGAUCUUAAAUAAAUAUUUCCUUACGUGUAUAUUAAACAGAAGAGUGAAAUUGUUAUAAUCCUAUCAUUUCGAAAGAAACUACUCUAAUAAAGAUUUAUUAAAAUUAAUUUUCUGCUCUAUUCUUUCUAUCCUCAUUUGGAGAAAUCAAAUAUGUCCAAGCCUGAUCUUCGAUAAUCGAGUAAAAUUUAAUUUACCUUAAAUAACAAUGGCGGCUGGGAUCAUUUGGCGCGCGAUCGAUUCCUAAAUUCCUGAGAAACAAGCGUAUUCGGUUAUGACUGCUUCUUACAAUCGCGCGACCAGUGGUGGCGCAAGUUUUUGGCGAGAUAACGAGCCGGAAUUUGUCAGUAUCGGCGAAAUCGAAAGAAUUACUGGAAACGGCACGAGAAUUCUAAUGGCCUCGCAUUCCUAUUGACCAAUUACGCCCUUUCGAUUCAUCCCUGCUUUCAUUCCACGUAUGAUUCCGUCAUUUCGUACAUGGAAUACGAAUCAUCAUCCUUUCGUAUCACACUUUCGCGAAUUUUAUAUACGCUGCAUUUUUCAUACAAUCAGAAUAUUCAUUUUCGUUCAGCCAAGAGAAAGAAAGAAAUG